UCCGGCGUGCGUACGCUUCUCCUUGCUCUUUCACGUUAAUGGCGGGCGGCUGCUGCUGAGUGGAACGCAGGUAACCGCUGCUGGCACCGGGAAAGUCUCCUUCCCUCCCCCUUUCCUCUCGCCGCCAGCGCCCGAGCUUGCCAGCAUGUCCGUGGUGCCGCCCAAUCGCUCGCAGACCGGCUGGCCCCGGGGGGUCAACCAGUUCGGCAACAAGUACAUCCAGCAGACCAAGCCCCUCACCUUGGAGCGCACCAUCAACCUGUACCCUCUCACCAAUUAUACUUUUGGUACAAAAGAGCCCCUUUAUGAGAAGGACAGCUCUGUUGCAGCCAGAUUUCAGCGCAUGAGGGAGGAAUUUGAUAAAAUUGGAAUGAGGAGGACUGUGGAAGGGGUUCUGAUUGUACACGAGCACCGGCUACCCCAUGUGCUUCUGCUACAGCUGGGAACAACUUUCUUCAAAUUACCUGGUGGUGAACUUAACCCAGGAGAAGAUGAAGUUGAAGGACUAAAACGCUUAAUGACAGAGAUACUGGGUCGUCAAGAUGGAGUCCUGCAAGACUGGGUCAUUGAUGACUGCAUUGGUAACUGGUGGAGACCAAACUUUGAACCUCCUCAGUAUCCCUAUAUUCCUGCACAUAUUACAAAACCUAAAGAACAUAAGAAGUUGUUUUUGGUUCAACUUCAAGAGAAAGCCUUGUUUGCGGUUCCUAAAAAUUACAAGCUGGUAGCGGCACCAUUGUUUGAGCUGUAUGACAAUGCCCCUGGGUACGGACCCAUCAUUUCUAGUCUCCCUCAGCUUUUGAGCAGGUUCAAUUUUAUAUACAACUGAAUCCCUGCACAGCGGAGAAGUUAAAGCAGCCGUCUCUGUGAGCACAGCUCUGCACAGUGUAGAGUAAACGUGGUGGAAAAGUGUUUUUGGUUUUAUCUCUUUCCCAAUUCCUAAAUUGCUCCCUGCUUUCUGUUGUUUGAAUAGCAAAGUUAAUAUGAAGAACUAGAUAGUGGUGUAAACAAAUGUGAUAAUGUUUAAUUUGCUUUUGUUUCUACUCAUACGUUUUUAUACAACAUUAAAGAAGUGGACUUCUAUUUGUAUUUUUUUUUUUUUUUCACAUUAAACUUGUAAAAUUCUUAUAGGCGAGGAUCGUUUUCUUUCUCCCCCUCCUUAGGCUGGUGAAUGUUAAGAGACAGUGCAGGUUCAGUCGGGUUUAUGGGACCCUUGCUCUGGAGCAUUCUCGGGGGCACCGUCCGAGACCACGUUGCAGAUCUUUGCGAUGAGGAUCUUCUGUUACUCUUGGGAACUAGAUUUGCUUGAAUGAGUCCAAGAUGCAACUCCUGUACCAGAGUUUAUGCUGCAAGGUGUAUUACAGCAGCACGCGCAGCGUGUGACUGACGGUGUGUUUCACACUGGCACAGCCAGGUUUAGUGCACAAGUGUCGGACCUUAAACAUGUGGGAAACCAUUAAAAUUGGCAUGGUCGGGGAAGUCAUGGGAAAUGAUGUGAAAAGAGACCGACGUAGAGCUCAUUUGGAGUUGUUUUCUUCACGAAAUGGGGGUAUUAUUUGUGCUGCUGUGAAAUUAUGUCUUAGUUAUUCUUAGGGCCAUGGUAAAGUUUCUAAACUUUACCUAAAAGUUUUUAAAAGUGGACCCGUUAGGUUUUGAACUCUUGGAUUGCAAAGUUAGUUAUUUCAAUUAACUUGAAGCUAUAUCCAUAUCCGUAGAGAUGAGAAUUUGAUUUUAUCAAGUAACAUAAAGACUUUUCAAAAAUCUGAAAUCUAAGGACAGGACAGAGAAUACAUUUUGUCAGCCUAAGGAAAAAUACCAAAUUUAAAAAACUUUAAAAAAUAAUGCUAAAUUAGUAUCAGAUUUGGAGAGAGAGAAUCUUAGGGCAAGGGAGUUUGCUGGCUAUGUCAUUGCUAAUGGUCAAAGUAUAUUGUAUAUGCCUUAUUACAGACGUUGACUGUAGGCUUGGUAUAAAGGAAAUCUUGUAAGACGCAGCUACUUAAAAAGAUGGGCAUAGUUAUGUUUUUAAUAGACAGAAAUGAGUAGUUCUUACAACUUUAUGGUACUGAUGGCAGGACUGUUCCCCUGAGUAUUGGGUGAUGCAAAAAGUAUAGCAUGUAUUUUUCUCUCUUUAUACUUAAAAUCAGACCAAGAACACCUGAAUAAUUUUACUUAUAAACAUUCAGUUCACUUGAGGUCCUGUUAAAUCGUCACAUGGUUACUUAUCAAGUAGCAUUUGUAAAUGUGUUCACAUUUAAGUAGUAGAGGAGCACCAGUCUCUAGGACCGGAAAUGACCAGUGAUUUCCUUUGUAAGAGCCACUAGUUCUGUGACUCAUCCUCUUCCCUCAAAGGCUGACAGCCCCUCUGGUUUAUAUUAGCAUACUUUUAAAUUACUAAAAUUUUAUUGAACUCACUGGUUAGCUGAGUCCUCAAAGAUUGAGGAGGUCAGAAUUGGAGAUGGCUUGAUCUAGCUCACCUGCCAUGAUUGCUUGGGACACCCCAAUCAAAGCUACAGAGACCACAUUUCAGACAUGUUGGCCAUUGCCAUUUGGGUGGACUUUUUUCUAGGUGUAAUUUAUAAAGUGCUGUCAGUAUAGGAAUGUUUUAGUUGAAGAGUUAUCUGAUUCGAGGCCACUCACAUGUUUUGUAACUUCAGCUUUGACCUAGAAAUUCUUUCUUGUUCACUACUUUCCAGUGUCAUUGCUUGAGUCAAUCACCCAUGUGCCAGGGCCUAGGUGAGAAAAACCUUUGGUUUAAGCCAGCUGGGUUACUAAUGUUGGCAUUUAAGAGGUACGGUUUUGAAUGUAAAAUUCAUAACACACAAACACAAAUUUUUCAAAUUGGUUUUGAACUAGUCAGCCAGUUGUGUCCCAAUACUCUUGUGGUUUCCUGAAGGAAAUAGCAAACUAGAGAAGGAAGUUUAAAUCUGAUGUAUUUCUAUAGCAUUAGAAGAGGAUACAGGGCACUGAUUAACACUAAGGUCUUUUGAUAAAUAAGUUCUGAUCACACUUCUUCAAGAACUAGCAGUCUUGAAUCAUGCAUUCCAGUUCUCUACAUACUAAAUACUGAAUAAUUUUUUCAGUGAGCUCUUGAGUAACUGACAUUUUUGACUGCCUUCUUGUGUUCCAGGUUUGCUUACACAUGAGAGCCCCGUCUUGUAUUCUAUAACGACAGUAUUUGCCAGGUUAUUCUCCCUGAGUAAUCCAAGUAGUGCACAUUCUAUGUAAAACUAUCAAAUGGCACCAGAAAAUAUUCAACAGAUUAAAGGGAAAAAAAUGAAAAGUUUUACUUAAGUGUUUUAAAUUGUUUUUAACAUUGACAUCCCUUUGAAGAAAAGUGAAAUUCGUUUUUUUCCUGAUGAAGAGUUGUGAUUUUUUUAAAAAAGUAGAUAAUACUUAAAAUGGCAUUAUGAUAAUUCUUCAUGUGAAUUUGUACUUAACGGGUCUGGAUUUUUAUUAUUGACUUACCUUGAAACCAGUACUGUGUGGUUCAGUUAAUUUGGAUAUUUAAGAAUUCCGUUAAGUUAGCAUUUUAUUUGGAUAAAACAACCAAAUGAGCCAGUCUGUUUUUUUUCCUUCCACGCUUAAUUAAAAGUGAGAGGUAAAAGACCUCUGCAUUCUGCAGCCUGGCAAGCAGUCAGCUUCGAUUCCCCUUAAAUGAUGUGACUGUUAUGCUCUCAGGUUUUUAGUGACUGUUAUUUUAAGUACCUGCUCCGUCACUUGAGGUGAAAUGGAGUCGCUUUUCACAUUGGAGUUCCUCAAACUUACCAUUUUUUCUAGUUCAUAGUGUUUGGGACAGUAUGUGCCUCUUACUAAGACUGUUUCAGAGAGUGUACAAUUCUGUGUUUUGCACAGCCAGAGAAGGUUUAGUGGUUUUUAACUAAUACAAGUCAGCUUCCGUAGCAUAAGGUUUUAUUUCCCACAAUUAGUCCACUUGUUUUCUCUCACUUAUUAUUUGAGUUAAACUGGACUCACUUCAGUUUCCCUUUUGUUUAAAUAUGUGAUGAGAAACAAAAUAGGGUAAUUUGACUUGAGCCAUAAAACUCAUUUUAAUAUUAGCUUGUAUUAUACUUAUCAAGCUUGGUUUUGUGAAAAAAAGGACUAAAACUUAAGUAAGUUUAGACUAAACCAGUUUAGAAGUAAUUUGUAUUUUAGUGAUGGAUUGUAUUGUAAGACGCGAGGUAACUUGGGAAAACAUCGUGCUGCUCAGUUGAAGGAAAGGUCUGUGCAUUUAAAAAUUUAAACUUUCGGUUACUAUGUUCACAUCAUAGAGUACAAGCAUUAUUGGUAGUUUGGCUUUGAGAAUUUUUCUUGUGUUAAGUUUAUAGAAAAUGUAUAAAAGAAACUGUUUGAAGUUUUGGUUAUAUUUUUAUAUUUGUAAACCAAGUCUGAUUAAAAUGGUCACUGUUCUUUUUUAAUUUCAUUUUACUGUCAUUUCCAUUAAAAACAUUUAAAACAGAA